UUUAUUUACAGGCAACUGUAAGUUAACACGACAACAUUAUAUUGUAAUAUUCCUAAUAAAAUUCUAUGUGGAUAUCAAAUACCAAUUGGCGAUUACCAUUACCGUGGCGGCGAGGCGUUCAAACACUGAAUGAGUAGUGGGCACACGCCGCAUUACGACUUGAAGUUUGUGCUGACUUCUAAAAGAUUUCUGCCGAAAAUUUAUUUGUAAAUUUUCGAUCAUCUCGGUGUUGCGUUUAAGUACGAGACACACCGCAGUCUGAUAAUGAUUACAGACGUUCAAUUAGCUGUAUUUGCCAAUGUAUUGGGUGUUGGCUUAUUUCUUCUAGUUGUUCUUUACCAUUAUGUCACAGCAAAUUUCCCUUCAAAAUAAUUUUUUCAUCAAUAUCAAUAUGAAUUACAUUCCGGCGACCUGCAAUAAAUAGCAAGAUGUUUAACUACAAGUUGGAUAUCAUUCCAUACUUAAAGUUAAAUGAAAUAAUACUCAAUUUAUAUUUCAAUGUUGGAUUUUGAAUAUUUCAAACUACAUCCACCAAUUCAAUGUUUACAGAAAAUAAGUUUAAAUUAAAAAAGUAUAUGUAGGGUCAUUCAAAUUAUUGAAU